CGCGAGCGCGAGCGCGCGGCGCCGCGCUCGCCGCCGCCACCGCAGCAGCAGCAGCAGCAGCAGGAGCAGCAGCAGCAGGAGCAGCAGCAAGAGCAGCAGCAGCAGCAACAGCAGCAGCAGCCACCAAAGCAGCGGCGCCGCCAGCAGCAGCACGGGGAGGUGCACAUGCCAUACCCGCCGCAGCAUGCGCCAGCUGCCGCACACCUGCCGUACCAGAUCCAGCAGCAGCAGCAGCAGCAGCAGCAGCAGCAGCAGCAGCAGCAGCAGCAGCAGCAGCAGAUGCUGGCGCUGCAGCAGCAGAUGCAGCAGCAGCAGCACACGCAGUACUACCAGCCGUGCGCAUACACCGCCUACGGGGGCAUCAGCACCGACGCGGGGCACGGAGCCGACGGCAGCGCGGACGGAGGCGACGAGGGGCCGGGCGAUGAGGAAGAAGAGGGAGUGCUGGUGCAGGAGCUUCCAGAUGCCCUGAUGCCCGACGGCGGCGCAGUGGCGGCGGCGCGGCAUGCCCAGCAUUUGCAGCAGCAGCACCAGGCUGCCGCGCAGCACCCGCAGGUCGCGCCGCCGCCGCCGCUGCCGCGGCUGGUGGUCACCGCGCCGCGGGCGCCGCCUGGCAGCCCCGCGCGCCCCGCGACGAUGUUGGCGGCGACGAUCCACAGCGCGAUGCUCAAAAACAGCCUUGCGGGAGCGGGGUCGCAGGAGGGACUCGGGGCAGCUGCCAUGCAGCUGCCUCUGUCGCGCGACUCGAGCUUCUGUGGCUCUCCCGCUGGGUCCACUGGGGCCACCCCCACGUUCUCGCGCAUGAGGCUGCUGGCCGGAGGCAGCCCCGCGCUGCCGCCGCAUCAGCAGCAGCAGCAGCAGCAGCAGCAGCAGCAGCAGCAGCAGCAGCAGCAGCAGCAGCAGCAGCACACGGGGUCGCUGUUUGCCUCGGACGCGUUUGGGGUCGCGCCGAGCGACGCGGCGGCGGCCGCGGCGGCGUUUAUGGGCGGCGUGGGGCGCGGCUAUCUGCCGCCGCGGGCUGUGCUGUCGUCGGCGCCAUCCUAUGGCAGUGAUUAUUCUGCAGGCAGCGCAAUGCCGCGGCAGGGCACUGCGCCCGUCGUUGUUUACGCAGGCGCGGCCGCUGGCGCGGACAUGGCCCCAGCUGGGGCUAGCGGCUACCCGGCCGCCCAGCAGGAGCACUACCAAAUGCAGCACCACCACCAGCAGCAGCAGCAGCAGUAUCAGCAGCAUUAUCAGCAGCAUCACUUCCAGCAGCAGCAGGCAGCAACCCAUCAGCAGCAGCAGCAGCAGCAGCAGCAGCAGCACCCGCAGUCGCAACCUUCAACGCCGGUGCCGCGUGCCCCCUGCUCGUCGCCGUUUGGAUCGCCUCACGCGCAAAGCGGCGGUGCCUUUGACGCAGGCUGGGGCGCCGGCCUGCCGCCGGCGCGCGGGGGCGCCGGCGCCACGCUCGCGGCUGCGGGCCCCGCGCUGGGCGCGUCGGCACACCAGCCGCUGCAGGCCCUGAGCCGCUUUGCGCGCCGCGGCUGCGGCACCUCCGUCAAAUACCCCGAUCCCCAACAGACCUCUCUGGAGGCGCCCGCCGCGUAUGAUGGCUACGCAUUUGAGGAGGCCGCUGCGAGCGCCGCAGCUGCAGCAGCGGCAACAGCCAUGCAGCAGCAGAUGCUGCAGCAGCAGCCCUGCCUCAUGCUGCCGCCUCCGCGGGCCGGGAUCAUGCGCCACUCUGCAGCAGGCGGCGAGGGCCAGGCGCGCGCGGAGUCGUUUGAGGUCGAGGCUGCAGACGGCCCGGCACGCGCGUCUUGCUGCGACAGCAUCGGCAGCCCCGAUGAAUCCGCAGCUGCGCUCGUGACCCGCAGGGGUGCGGCCGGCGCAGCUGCGGCGGCAGGGUACGGGCUGAUCGGGGCGGCCGCCGCCCAGGCCAACGGCGGCUUGAGUUUCGGCGGACGGGCCAGCGGCGGCUUGGACGGCCUGCUCAGCAGCGGCAGCCUGGAGGGCGGCAUGAUGUACAGGGGCGGCAGCUUGCUGCUGCUCGACGGCACGGCCUUGUACGUGGACGCGGCCGCGGCCGCCAACUGCAGCCAAGCAGCCUGCGGCUUUGAGGCACCUGACGGCCACGGCCGCCGCGCGUCGUCCCGCGGUGGCGCCGUGGCGCGCCUGCUGAGCGGCGGCAAGUCCUGCGAGCUGGCGGCUGCGCUCAACAGCUUUGUGCGGGGCGAGAGCAUGCGUGAGGGCACGAUGGAUGACAUGCUUGCCGAGGAAUUGGAGUGA